AACUAACUCACAAGCCGUAAUAUUGCUCUGGCUUUUCCGCUUUUCAGUAGCUUUCACUAAAAUUGCGUUCGUCUGCAUUACAUUUGUAAUCAUGUAGUAGGCAGCCUGCGUUAAAGAAGCCAAGAAUGCAUUAAGAAUGGCAUUAGAGCAGUUCAGUGAUGUCGUCCAGAGAUGUCAAGCCAUUCAGGAUGGAAACUUCUCAUCAGCUGACUUUGACUUGUUUCAGACUGUAGGGCAAACCUGUAUAGAACAAGGCGACAGUGCACAAGUUCUGAGUAUUGUCAUUGAUGAGAAAAAUAAGAAUAUUGUUAGAUGCAUGGGAUGGAACCUGUUAGAGCCUCUGGUGAAGGUCCUCCUGAAGAAGGAAGACAAGAAUCUCCCUCACUGUCAUGCCAUCCUCACGCAUUUAUUGGAGGUCUGUAGUCCUAAAGAGCUCCUGGUUGGCCUACUGGAGCAGAUUGAACAACUAGAUUCAGGUGUCAUUGCUGAGACCAUCAUCCUUCUACUCAAGCCCUUGCAGACAGUGCUGCUGAAGCUGGGCAGGAAGAAAGCCUCCUCGGUGGGCAUGGCCCUGUCCACCCUCCUCAGCCAGAUGGUCAGGCUUCCUGUGCCCCUGAGCAAAGAGCAGGAGGAGGACGACGUGUUCGGUUUGUGCCGCUGCUGCGUGGAGCUGCUGGGCUUUGUUAGUCCCUUCGUAGAGGAGAUCAAGGCAGAUGCCAGGGACAGUCAUGGCAUGUCCAGGGAGAACGAACUUAGGGUGGAGAUACUGAAAUUCUGUAUGAAGAGUUUAUGUGAGCCGCUUUUGGAGGUGCAGCUCAAAGAUGCAGACACGUUGGAGAAGUCUCCUCUCAGGGAUUUUGCCACAGGGAUCCUGGUCAUUCUGAACAGUAUCGGCGAGUCCCUCCCUAAUUUGCUGGGCCACAGCAUUUUGCGGAAAAGAGAGGUGCCUGGCUUUCUUGAGGAAGAAGUUAGGUAUCCUAAAGAAUCUUUGGCCAGCAUGGCCCAUCUACUUUUUGUGCAGCACAUUGCCAUGGACAUCUUCCCUGCAGUUCUGAGCCCAGUUUUUGUCAUGCAGUGCAACAUGGAAUACAUAGAGGUUUUGCUAAGCAGCACUGAAGAAUCACGGUUGCAGAAAGGACUGGAACUGUAUGAGAAGACUCUGGUGAGACUUGAGAACAGCAGUCUACCGGUAGACCUCUUGGAUUUAAAAACAUUUUUUAGUGUUCCACAGCAUGUCAUAAAAGUGAUGACAUUAUCUCCAGUUCAGAAUCUGAGGACUAAAGGAUUAUCAGUAUUCCAGCUGAGCAUUGACAAACUGAAUACAGAGGCUAAGUACAAGUUUUUCAGAUGCAUGCUCAAAACAAGUGGCCAUGCUGGAGUGGAGGGAUACAUUAUUAAAAACAUCAAAAACCAGACUGACUUUGCCUUGAAGCCAGGUAAUGGGAAUGAGUGGUUCCUUGGUAAACAUCUACUUCCUUUGCUGCAGCAAGUCCUGUGUCUUCCUCAAGGACCAGAAACUGACCUGCUACACAAUUUAGAUAGGAUCAUGGAAUCGCUGAACCUCCUUCGCUACCUACUGAUCAGAGACAAAGAAUGGGAGAAUGAGACAGGGAUAUGGACUGAGCUGUACAAGAUAGAGGAUAAUUACCUGAAGCCACUACGGACAGCCUUGAACAUGUCCAGAGCACAUUAUGAGGCAGAGCUGAAGAGGAAUAAGGAGAAUACAACAGGAUCUAAAUCACCAGUCUGUACAGUUUCAUUAGGCAGUGAGAAAAUACCCCAUAUGACUCCUGAAAUGCAAACCCAGGUCUUGCAGUCUGCCCUAUUCACGUUUGAUUUGAUCGAGAGCGUCCUGGCGAGAAUCGAGGAGAUUGCUGAGGCCAAAGGCAGGCUAUAGGCAUGGGGUCAGAUCUUGAAGCAAGAGCCCAGCAAGCCCUCCACUUAAAUGUUUCCUCUUCUGGAAAAAGCUGUUUGUCAACAAACCUCUGACAAUAUAAUGUAAAGACAUCCAACAAAGAUUAAAACAUAAGAUCUUGAUUUUUAUCUACUCUGGUCUAGUUGUCUGUAGUUUGCCAUGACAUGCCUCUCCUUCCCAUCAGAAGCAUUUGUAGUAGAUGUUGUAUAGUAUGUAUAUAAAAUCAACAAACCACUUUUACUGUAUUAAGAAUUUUCCAUAGAUAGUCAACUGCAUUGUCAUAAUUGUCACAAUCUUUCAAGUCUAAUCUCUUAUCUACUGUAUAUGGUAAUUACCUUGACAAAUAAUUGACACAUUUCUUGUGGAUUUGAACAGAAAACCCUCAUCUCCAAACACAUAACCUAAGGACAGUUGUUCAGUUCCUUCAGUAAAUAUUUAUGCAAGACAAGUAUUUUUGUAGAACACAUGAGCAUUUGUAAAUUAAAGUUGUAAAUAUCUAUAAUUCAUUCUUGCAGAGAUGGAACUGAAAUUAGGCAUCAAGGAGAACAAGAUUAAAAAGUAAACCUCAAGGCAUAAAAAAGUCAUGCUUUCACGAACCCCACCAGUGUGGGAUGACUCUGGUGACAAAUACGUUGGUGCUUAAAAAUUAAUUCAAGAACAUGUUUGUGAAAGUCAACAUGUAAAUAUUUGCAUUGAGGCAUUUAAUAAAAAUCCUAUUUUACAAA